GGGAAAGAUUGAAAGAAAGUGGGUAUUGUGGGAAAAAUGAAUGAGAGGUUGGGCAAUCUGGGAAUGGAUUCAUAACUCCUGCAAGGCUGCAAACUAGGCCUCUUAGCAUGUCUUGAAAAUAGCAAAAUCUUUUAUUUUUCUUGUACAUGCUUCUUUUUAACUGUCAUUCUUCUUGUUCUUUGAGUAAAGUUGGAUAGUCAUGGGGGAAGAAGUUCAUGGGGGAUGGUCACCCACCGGAGCUCCGAUGAGUUUACAAAGAGAUGACCACUGGAGGCAUUUUGGUAACUCAGUUAAUGCGGUGUCUUGUGGGUUUGUUGCUACUGCUAUUCUCAUUUUAAUGUUUCUUGUUAUGGCCAUUUUUGAGAGGUUUCUUAGAACCACUUCGCCGGAAAUGUCACCGUCCGGUGACCGGAGUCAUUUGGAUAUGGUUUCCCAAAUGGGGUUUCAUGGAAAGCUCAGUUACCCAUCACCCAAGAUUCCUACAAGGGCGACUGAAGUUUCAGUCUUGAUGCCCGGAGAAGCUAUUCCCACAUUCAUUGCACAGCCUGCUCCUGUCCCUUGUCCCCUGGAACGUGUACCAUGGCCUCCCCAUAAUCAUAUAUAAUUUCAAGGUUUGUACACUAUUCUGGAUCCUGGAAUCAAGUUGACCAGAGCUAUGACUGCGUUGGUGUAGAUUCAUCAGUAAGCAUUUUAGCAUCAAGUUUAGCCUGCAUCUUUGUAAUUUUAUCCUUCAUGUGUACAUAUUUUGAUGAGGAGGUAUGUAAUGGACUUGGAUAGAUAAUUAUUCAUUGGGUUUGCAGGUGCCAUUCAAUACAAAACUGGACUUUUUUUUUGCUC